AGUUGCUAGCAGCUGUCAGUUCUUCCAAUCGCAGACGUCAACAAAUCAAACAUUCUUGCUGUGUGCAUAUGUGUGUAGUUGUUUUUCAAUUUGUUUGCAUCAAAAACGUUUCUGAAGUCAAAGUGUUAAUAGUAUUUAAAAUCGAAAUAUUUAUGAAAAAUCGGAAGGUGAUUUCAUAAGGUUUAUUGAGUGGCAAAGACAAAAAUGGAGACCGCUUCCGAAACGAUUAGUCGAUUGCGGUCUGGCGCAGUCGGUGAUGAGUACAUGCAAUGUCCUACCUGUGAAUGCAAACUGCAACAUUGGGAAGUGAAGAAUCAUUUUGAACAGGAAAUGGAGCGUUUAAGAAAUUUGCAAAUGAAAGCAGUUAGAGAAGCGAGCGCCGAAUUGUCACAGCAGAGCGCCAGUAAUACAUUGGCACAUAGUGAAGAACGCCGAAAACCUUGGACAAUAUUUCAGCGCGUUCAGCGAAACCGCCAUUCACGUAUAAGGAGAAGAACUGGUAAACGGGUGGCACCAGCAACCGACCAACAGUGUCCUGUUUGUAAUGUUAGUUUUCCUCUAGAGGAAAUUCAACAACAUGCUGAGCAAUGUUUACGUCGAAGUAAUGGGACUAGCAAUGGUCGUGAUGGAGGUAGUUCCAGCAACGAAGAAGAUGAAGGAGAGGAAUACGAAGAAUAUGAAUGGGCUGGUCAAAAGCGCAUUCGUGUAUCAAGUCUGUUGCAAGGUGGUUAUGCUGCAAUUGGAAUUGGACAAACUGUUACAAAUACUGGGAGUAGUGGUAGUCACAAUUCAACUCACGCUGGGGAUGAAGAGGAAGAAGAUUUAAAUGUAGAUGAGGAUGAUACACAAAUUUAUGGACCCGCUCAGUAUGCAGAAGCUGAUGUAAUACCACCAAUAGCUGAGCAAAAUGGAAACUGUGCGGAUAGCGAUGUAACUAGCUACAUGCGACGACUAAUAACAUGUACAGAAAUAACACCAUUAAACAAUAAUGUGGAAGAAUUACGUCGCACGAGUGUAGAAGUUAUUACAGCUCCAAAUGCGGAAACUUACAUUCCACAGGGUGUUGUAUCCAUAAAAGAUCAAGAGCCCAGCAAAAAUACAUUGCCUAAGAAUGAGCAACAAAAUUACCCGCAGAUAAUUGAGUCACUUAAAAUUAAAUUAAGACAUUACGAAAAUCAAGCUCAGAAUAAAUUCAAAUGUUUGAUUUGUCUCGAUGAUUACAAAAAUCCAGCAAUUUCGGUUGCAUGCUGGCAUGUACAUUGCGAGGAGUGCUGGUUGCGUUCGUUGGGAGCACGAAAACUUUGUCCACAAUGCAAUUUGAUCACGACGCCAAAAGACUUACGCAGAAUUUAUAUGUGAACUAACGUCACUAGAAAUGUUUUACACAUCGAAAACCUUUCGAUUGCAAUUCGUUUCAAAAUUAUUUUGUUGAAAUAUAUUUAUACAUGCAGACAUCUGCAUUAUUAAUAUUCUGCAAAUUUUUAUACUUGCAGUAGUAUUGAGUUGUAGUAAGGUGAAAUAAUGAUAAAACAUUGAAACUAGCUCUUAAGUAUAACCAGAACUAAAGCUGUGUCACAGUUACAAUAAAAUACAAUACACAAUUUAGCUACUAGAAGCUAUAAUAUACAAUUAUGUAUGUAUAUUCUUAUUCCUAACAUACGAAUAUUUUUUAUUUCGAUAUAACGGUGUUUUUGGUGAAUUUUAUGGAAGAAUACACACAUGUACGUACGUGCAUCGAUGGUGUACCAACCCAGUAUUUUA